CACAUGUUUGUUGUAAAUUUUCCAUAUAUAUAUUGCUAUAGCGAAUCUUUAAAUAACAAAUAUUCGAGAUAAAAUGUCUUCGAUUUUAAAUCAAGAAUUAAUCGAAAAGAUUAUCAAACUUUGUUCAAUUAAAUCACUUUAUAUUUGUUUCACAUGUAUUUUAAGAUAUUCAAAUUUUCGUCAUAUAUUCAAGGUUAAUGAUCAUAAUGAUCUUUGGUCAUAUUGUCAAAAUCAUUUGUCCAAUGAGAUAUUAUUAAACAUUCUGAAAAAAAUAUUCACUAAUGAUGAAAACAAACUAUGUCAAUCGUGUCUUGAUCUAUUGAAUGUAGAAUAUAUGAUGAUUAAAGUUAAAGAAAUCGCUGACCAUGUAUCGACCAUGUUUUCCAUCGACGAAUUUCAAUUGCACAUCUAUCAACCAUUCAUAAUUACAUUAAGACAUCUUUAUUUUAGCAAAUUAUUCGAAUUGAACCCUGAGGAUGUAAUCACUGUUAAAGAUGUAAUCAAAACAUUUAUUAUCAUUCCAAUUGAAAAAGCUAUUCAGGCUCAACAUUCGACUAAGGGUAAUCAUGUGAUUGUAUUGAAUUUUGAUCAUCAUCAAUCGAAAAUUGAAUGCGAAUCACUAAUGGAAACAUGUCAUCGAAAUGUUUCUAGUCCAAAAAGAUUUAAAUCUUCAUCAACCAUAAAUCAUGCAGCUUUAUUUCGUCUGUUUGAAACCUCAAACAAUCGAAUUCUUGAAUUAUUUGAAUUGAUACCGAUCAAAACAAUUUGUACAUUGGAUGUUUCAGUUUGUCGAGAACCGAUUUAUAUUGCUGGUCGAUAUUUAAAAUUAUCUCGAAAUCUUUCACAAACACCAUGGUUUGUCGACGAUGGUAAUCGUUUCAAAUCUUCUGUACAAGAGAAAAUUUUCUCCGGAAUCAAUGCCUACAUUAAAUAUAAUGAUAUUAAAUUCAGUUCCUCUGGUCGUGAAGACGUUGAUGUUCGAAUGUUAGGAACUGGUCGACCAUUUAUGAUUGAAAUUUUUAAUCCACAGUGGUCAAAUAAUAAUAAUAAUAAUAUCAUUGCAAAAAUCAAAGAAUAUAUCAAUCAAAUGCAUCAAGAUGUAAAAGUAAGAGAUCUACAAUUUGUAUCACGAAAUGAAAGUCAGAAAUUACUGAAACAAGGUGAACAAGAAAAAUCGAAAACAUAUCAGGCAAUCUGUUGUAUUGAUAGAUCGUUCACUGAGGCCGAUAUGAUCAUAUUGAAUUCGGUUAAAGAUUUGGUCAUCUGUCAAACAACACCGAUACGUGUUCUGCAUAGACGUACCCUAUCUGAUCGUCAUCGUACAGUUCAUUCGAUUUCGGCUCGACCAAUAAAUGUUGAUGAAUUAAUUAAUCCUGAAUGGAAAGAAUUUUUAUCGCAAAUGUUCGUAAUUUCUAUCGUUACCGAAGCCGGUACCUAUAUAAAAGAAUUUGUCCAUUCCGAUUUUGGUCGUACACGACCAAAUAUUAGUUCGUUAUUGGGAAAUUGUCGUGCGGAUAUUAUCAGUUUAGAUGUUUUGGAAGUUAAAUUAGAUUGGCCGCCAAUGAUUGGUGAUUAAAUCGAUAAUCAACUUAAGGAUAGGGGUUUAUUUACUUGUAAAGUAAUCAACUUUUGAGUAAACCGGAUUCGAUUUUUGGCUCACUAUUUUUUGUGAUUGAAUGAUU